CUAAUAUAAGUGACUGGGUAAAAGUUCUGUCUGUGAGUGUGAUCAGAGAUAGAGGAUAGUGUCUGACCUCACUGUCCACAGAGAUGAUGCUGGAGCAGGUCGUGCUGUUAGGAGCCGUUACACUGCUGGGACUGCUGGAGCAAGCGUACUUCUCUCUGCAGGUGAUCUACGCUCGCAGGAAGUACUCGGUGUCUCCGCCUGCCACCACCGGACCUCCCGAGUUUGAGAGGAUCUUUCGAGCCCACUCAAACUCUUCUGGGUAUUUCCCGCUGUUCGUCUUCUCGCUUUGGUUGGCUGGAGUGUUCUUCAGUCAAGCGCUGGCAGUGUUGUUCGGGCUGCUGUACCUCUACGGACGGUAUCGGUACUUCCAUGGCUAUGCGGCGUCUGCUCAGGGCAGACUGGAGCCGCUGUACUUCAGUGCAAAGAUGCUGUGGGCACUGUUCACUCUGUCCGGGCUGGGGGUCAUCUGCACCAUGACACAGGCCUAUCUGGGACUGGACCUGCUGCACUACUUCAGUCACGCUCUGGGUCUGACCGAACACACAUGAAAGAUCUGGACCACUGCAUAUAUAUAUAUUUCUCCUUAUAUAUAUAUAUAUAUAUAU